CCUUUCUUGGCGACUGGUUAAAUUAAGAAAGUGUUCAUUGUUCCAUUUGUGUCUAAUGUUCGGCUUAGCGGAAUAAGCUUAGUCGAUAUUGGGUUAGCGUUCAGUGUACUACGGUAUAAGAUCGAAAAGAAUACAUUGCUGUUUUUCUCUGCCAUAUUCUUUUCAUAAGCAGAAAGGCAAAGAGGUGGAGAGAACAAUCAGUUGGAGCACCCAUAAAGCUUGGGAAAUUCCUUUUCUUUUGCCGCAUUUCGCUCAAAGGGUUGAAGGGAGAUAGUGCAGCAAGCUGUUCGCAAGGGCCAACUUGAUCCCCUUCCCCAGGGAUCUCAGAUGAGGGAACCCUGGGAGAGCCGCCGACUCCAACUACCGUCCAUGUACGAUCCAUACUAGAUCUGACCAACUGCCCAUCCUACCUCCUCUACGUUCUUGACAGCCUAUCUUUGUCUCAGUAGAGUCUUUCAGUGGCAUGUUUCGGUCCUCUUCCCCAUUACUUAGAAAAAGUGAGCCACCAGUUCAGGUACAAGAUACUAUCAUUACCGCCUGGACAAUUAGACAUCCAACCCGUAAUCGCAACGACCCAAUUGCAAGGGCGGAGCUCUACCAACUGAGCUAUAUCCCCCGAGCCGAGUGGAGCAUGCAUGAAGUAGUCAGAUGCUUCUUCUAUUCUUUUCCCUGGCGCAGCUGGGCCAUCCUGGACUUGAACCAGAGACCUCGCCCGUGAAGUAAAUCAUCGCACCUACGGUCCAACCAAUUGGGAGAGAAUCAAUAGAUUCCUUUUCGGCUCAUACAUAAAGGCCAUCCUUGAGUUCGCUGCUAAACGAAGACGGGAAGGGAUUCGGCUCUCAGGUCCAUCAACCUUGCAACACUAACCCCUGGGGGGAAGCGUGUAACUGAUCCAGAUCGGAAGGAGAUUCUACCAGGGAGGCCUGAAGCGAAGGAUAGGCUGAAACAUGGCAGGAUUGAUUGUAGUUCGCUUCGGAUGCCAUUUGACAACAAAUCGGUAAGUCGUAGAUCCCGCUUCGGAUGCCAUUUGGAUGGCCUCCUCGCUAAAGGUUGGAGUGACUGUACCUAUUCGUUUCGUUUACGUGGCCUCUGCUAUGAGGGAAUCCCCGCCUUCUUUUGAUAAUGGAGGAAGCGUAGGUACCAAUUCGUUGAAAUAGUCAACUUCUAUCACUCCUCUCCUCUUUCUUUCUUUGCUGCAAUAGAUGAGAUUGGGAUUGGCCUAGUUCCAAUCCUUUUAGAAAAGCCCGUCUUUGCAUAACUGCAAUUUCCUUUCCUUUAGUUCAAGCGGCAUCAACUCUAGAAUCGUUUUGCCCAGCCCUCUCUUCAAUCCUUCUCUUUCGGAGUGGAGCACUCCUGUUUGUUCCUUUCUAAUAAAAGCUUGGUACGUGUUCUGAGCGAGCCUUCGCGUGACGUGAACGGUACCUAUGAAGUGGAAUCCGUCUGUCUUGUCUUCCACCUCAUAAGGGAGUUGCGUUCCGAGGGACUCAAAAUCUCCAAUGCUAUUGUCAAGCUUGGACAUACUUAACACUGACCCAAUUGAGACCGUGGCCACACCUUGAUAAAAACAGUGAUGACUUGGAUAAAUCACCCUGGAUACGUGGCUCUUCGAUGGGGGAAGAAAGCUUUCAAGCUAGUCGUCUGAGUGUGUGGUGUGUAGUGGAUUAGCAGAUUGCGGUAGGUAGUUCGAAUGGGCUUCUUUCUGCCUUAAGCCUUGCUUGGUUGGCGCUUGCUCAGCUCUAGCUUAUCCUGCGCCUUCCUUUUAUUAGAUUCUUUUUGGGUGCUAUAUGAAGCUACCUUCCGAAAGGUAAUCCCAUACGCUUCGGAUGCCAUCCAUCGAUACCAGAUGAGAGAUUCUAGAACGAAGACGCGGAUUCCCUCAGAAAGAGAUUUAGGGAAGUAGUUAUGGGGGGCAAGUCGGGGCUUUCUCCCUAAAAGCAGAGAAGCUAGAGAAAGCCCGGGGCAAGAGCAAGGGAAUAGGAGUUAGAGUUGGAAAAGACGUAUUCCCUAUACGAAAGCGGAGACGGCAAGAAAGUAUUUAAAGAGGAGUUGGAAUCGGCCUUAUUAGUUGUAGUAGGAGACGUGGGCACGGAAACUAAGAGAAAAGCAAGCCUCGUACUUGAUCCCGGAGCAAAGGAUGUUUAUUCGCCUUUUCUUUAUGCUCGCUUCAUUUCAUUCCGCUCGUUCGGUAUGCCGAUAUUAUCAAACUAUCCAAAACGAAUUACCUGAAGAGCUAGAUUUAGGGAGAAUCUAUCCAACGAACCCCAACGAGUGUAAUACCUGGAGCGAGUCUAAGAGAACUGAGGACAGAGAUUAAGGAAACAGACACGGGCCGACCGGAUGCCAUGCCUUAUAAAGAAGAAAUCUCCUUUUCUAGGCUACCUAAAACGGCAAAAGCUUAAUUACUUGCACCCUUUGCUUCGUCUGCUUUUAUCGGUUCAACUUCGAAGUCUUUCCUUCUCUUUUUGUUCAAUUCUUCCUCUAAAAGUCCAGUUAACAACAGGGAGCUACGAUUUGCUUUUAAGCUUGAGAUAAUGGCCUUCAGCGGCAACCUAUCUUCUUAAUUCAGCUUCCGCGCCUGGUGAAGCCAAAAGCCUCUUUCUUACGAUCCAGCUACCUAUCUAACGAGAACCGCCUCUCUAGCCUACUACCGCGCAAGGGCAAAAGCAGCACCGGCCCCCCCUUUCAGUGGAUGAGAUUAGGAUGAAAAGCAAGUCGAUGAUGCCAUAAGUCAAAGGUGAGGCGAGAGUCCUUCACUGCACUCACUGGAGAUGACGCCAUGAACCAGUCCAUAGGAGCUAGGCAAGGAAGAAGCUUAGCUAGGUGACUUAAAAUGCUUCUAACCAGUCUUUCUUUUGGUGGUUAGUUAGCUCGUGUAAUAGCACCCGUCCUCCUGUCCUUCCCUUUCCUCUGGCGCAAGGGCAAAAGCUUGCUGCUUUCAGUUCAUGUUCUUUGGAAGAGAGUACGCGCUUUCAAUCAAAAAAGAAGAAAGAGAGUAGCGAAGGCGACUUGAUAGUUGUUAUAGUUAGAAGGCAGACCUGAAGAGAUAGACUCAGGUAAAGCACCCACACCAACGAGUGUAAUACCUGGAGCGAGUCUAAGAGAAGAGCUAGAUUCGCCAACUGGCCUUACCCGCCACUUCCCUAUUCAAGGAGUUCUAGUCAUCCGAACUGAUUCGAUAGCAGUAGCAGCUCCGAAGAUCCCAAGGCUAUUUGAGGCCAAUUGAUAACAUCACAGCUGAUACGACAGCUUAUUCACUUACCAAAGCAAUAAUAGAAAGAAGCAGUACAUGUUCGACCGGUUAGACGUGAAGUCGAACGAGUUGUUUGAAGACCAGAACAUUAGCAACUAAGUCUUUACGGUCGAGGGUCGAUGUAAUUGACGCGAGCUCUCAUUCAAGGGCUUACCCUAUUCGAGAUAUCGAGAUUGGCAUUCCACUUUCGAAAAAUAGAGUUCUUCGUAAAGAAGUUCUUUUAGUAUGAUAAGUAGUUUUAUCCAUUGAAGUUGAAGUACAUAGUUUACCGAUUGAAGUUUAGGUAGAAAGCUCCAGUUUUUUUUCUUUUUCUUUACCGCUGCCGGAUAAGUUUGCUAACCGUGGCCCUACUCCUUUCAUGCCUCACCCCAAAGACAUCCACUCUGUAAGGGGAUUCUAAGAGAACUCUUGUCUAGGAGUCAAAACGAUGUGGAACUUCUAUUCUAUAUCCAAGCUGAGCUCGGACCCUCCUCACUCACGAGUAAGCGGUUUCAACUCUUCCUGGAAUCCGUCCACUCAGGGGGUCCCUUACCUAAGGGCCACUUCGUUCACUUGUCUUUAGGCACUCCAAAGGCAUAAUCAAAAGAUAGGCUGAUCACCAAUUCAACUGCCAUUCCAGAGGCUUCUAGAAUGCCUUCUUUGGCACUUGAAGCCAAUCAACGUAUGGAGAAAAACUGCCUCAGUGACCAGGAACGACAGUCGUCUGCUAAUCGAAGAUGGACAUGCAGAAGACUGCGAUGCAAGUAACGGGGUACAUACAGAUGUGUGUAAGGACCAGAACUGCAAUUUAUCAAGACCUCCAUCCCCGUUACCUAAGGACACGGAGAUACGCGUUCACGAACUAGCCAAUGCCUGCGCACCGAUGAAGGAUCCCACCAAGGGUGAGACAAGUCUUAUGCUUAUCUCCUCCGACACAAUUCUACCAGCUGUUCAGUGUGGAGGAGAAGCAGGAGUAAACUCUGGCGAAUCCCCAAUAUUGGCCACAGAAUGGACCAAUUCCUUCAUUCAAUAGAAGGGCAGACAGAUAUUGAAUUAACGGAAAGGAACUGAACCGAAAAUUGCGUAUAUAGUGGCUCGACGCGGCGAUGUACACGUGCCUAUAGCAUGCAGCUGAUAAAGAAGAGAGAUAGAUAUAUAGGAAGUGUGCCAUCAAAGAAAGCUUUUUAAGCAAUGUGACUACUGAGCCUACUAGACAGCUUGGUUUGAUAAAAAUCCUUUUUUUCCGGCUUUAAAGGAUAGGGAGGCUCGUAAAUGGUUGCGGUUAGUCACUAGAGGUUAGUAGGUUUCAGUUGUUUAGUCACUGAUAAAUGAGAGCAGUCACCAACGAGUCCCAUCGUAAUGACUGGGCGUUAAGCGUCACGAGCUUACGGGAGAUAGAGCGAAGCAAGCCUACAUAGGGUACAAGAUCGAAAAGAAUGCAUUGCAUUCCAAGUGAGAUGUCCAAGAUCAUAAGGAAGGAGGGGAAGAAUCGACGAGGAAUCUAGAAGAGAAAAUCGUGAAUGAAAAAGCGUGACGAGAAUUCUCAACUCGAGAUGUUAGAGGGUGCAAAAUCAAUGGGUGCCGGAGCUGCUACAAUUGCUUCAGCGGGAGCUGCUGUCGGUAUUGGAAACGUCCUUAGUUCCUCGAUUCAUUCCGUGGCGCGAAAUCCAUCUUUGGCUAAACAAUUAUUUGGUUAUGCCAUUUUGGGCUUUGCUCUAACCGAAGCUAUUGCAUCGUUUGCCCUAAUGAUGGCAUUUUUGAUCUCAUCCGUAUUCCGAUUUGAUCUCUCUAUGAAUGGAAAAGGGGGGCUUUUGAUCAAUAGAACAAGAAGAGGAAGAAAGACAAAACAAAGAGCAAUGCCUACAUUCCCAGCUAACUUCUCGACGAGUACGAGUAAGAUAAGCAUCCAACUAGUUUACACCCAGAAUGAUUGUUUUUUUGUUUUCUUAGGUCUUUUUUUCAUUUUUUUUUUCUUUUUUUUUAUUUCUCAAUUCUAUCUGAAUUUUAUGCAAGGACAUAAAAGAAAACGGAUUGAUUGGAACGAUGCCUCAACUUCACGCGAGCCAGGGCCCGCCCAGUCCGGUUCUCCGGAAGACGAUGACACCUCUUCAGAGGAUGACUCCUCUUCAGAGGAUGACUCCUCUUCUGUUGAUGACCCCGAAGAAAGGGUACGGCUUCAGAAAGCCAUAAGAAAAAAGAUAGUAGCUCUUCUAAAGAAAUUUUGUUCCACCUAUUGCUCAAAUAUGGGCUUUUGUGGGAAAUAUUGCUCUCGAGGUAGAGCGGAUUUUGAUUUCUUGGGGGCGGCGCAUGAGAUAGCCAAAGAGGAGUUUUUUUAUGAGAAGUCCUCAGCCAAGGUAAAUGUCCUACGUAAACUUUUUGCUUUUCUGAAGAACUAUUCUACCAAUAAGACGUGGACAAAUAAUGACAUGAACGCUCAUUGGCUCCAUGAUGUCAUGCGGCGAACUCCGCCAUCUUCUAAAUAACCAAGGCAAAGGUCAUCUAUUGGCUUUUUUCAGUUUUCCUUCACGGCGAAUGAGAGAUUUUUCUUUUUAUGGCUUUUGAUUGCUCGUUUCAAUUGUUAGAUUUGUUUCUGUUUUGCUUUGUCUGACGAGUAAGAAGGAAGGAGGCUAGUCCCCGAAAAUGCCUCCUUUCUUGAAGGUCUUGAAGUUGGGGUUUAUGGCUCCUUAGUUCAUCUUUUGGUAGAACCAGGCACUUAUGCGGUGGGUUCGACUCCCACAGGAGCGAAGAUUGCUCGUUAUUCCUUUUAGCUGCCCGCUUAGUGAAUUGAUCUCUUGUUUAGCGAAUCGGGAAUAAAAGGCCUGGGUCUCUUUUCUUUAAAUGCUUUCUCCCGCCACCCGGCUCGUGAGUCUAAUUCUGGGGUUCAGGAAUAGGGGAAGAGGGAGUCUAUUGGUAUGGGUCCUAAUCGCUCGUAACGAUCCUUGCGGAUCCCUUCUGUCGUCUCGGUCGUCAUCUAUCCCCUCUAUCGUCUUCGUUCGAAUCGGUCGUCUAUGAUCGUGCCAAAGGGCGGAGCUUUCUUUAAAGCACUAAUUACUGGGUGAGCUGAUACGAGUAGUUACAAAUCGGA